CUUCUCUAUCUACUCUACUUUGGCCUGGCCAUGCAACAUUCAAACCAUAGCCAUCAGAACCCAACUUCCUUCCUGCUCAUGGGAAUUCCUGGCCUGGAGGCAUCCCACUUUUGGCUUGCCUUUCCUUUCUGCUCCAUGUAUGCCCUGGCAGUGCUUGGCAACAUAGCAGUUCUGCUGGUAGUAUAUUCAGAGCCUACACUGCACCAGCCCAUGUACCUAUUCCUGUGUAUGCUAUCUACCAUUGACCUGGUGCUCUGCACCUCCACUGUGCCCAAGUUCCUUGCACUCUUUUGGGCAAAUGCUGCUGAGAUAACCUUUGGGGCCUGUGCUGCCCAGAUGUUUUUUAUCCAUGGCUUCUCAGCUGUAGAGUCUGGUAUUCUACUAUCAAUGGCCUUUGACCGCUACCUGGCCAUCUGCCGGCCACUGCACUAUGGGUCACUGCUGCCCCCAGAGUCAGUAGGCAAGUUAGGGGUUGCUGCUCUGCUUCGUGGGUUAGGGCUUAUGACCCCACUCACCUGCUUACUGGCAAGGCUGAGCUACUGUAGCAGAGUGGUGGCCCACUCCUACUGUGAGCACAUGGCUGUGGUAAAGCUGGCAUGUGGGGGCACACAGCCAAACAACAUAUAUGGUAUCACUGCUGCCACGCUGGUGGUGGGCACUGAUUCUAUCUGCAUUGCUGUCUCUUAUGCACUCAUCCUCCGGGCUGUAUUAGGCCUCUCCUCCAAGGAGGCAAGGGCUAAGACCUUUGGCACUUGUGGUUCCCACCUAGGUGUUAUCCUUCUCUUCUAUGCACCAGGGCUCUUCUCAUUCUACACACAGCGCUUUGGCCAGCAUGUGCCCAGGCACAUCCACAUCCUCCUGGCUGACCUCUACCUUAUCGUGCCACCCAUGCUCAACCCCAUCAUCUACGGGAUGAAGACCAAGCAGAUCUGGGAUGGGGCCCUACGACUACUGAAAAGGGGUCCUGCUCAGACAUAAAGUCUUCAAA